AUGGCAUCAUUAAAAGUAGGCAAAUAUGCUGCUUCCUUUACAUUUUCAAAGUCGAAUGAUCGUAUUCGCAAAUUCUUCCAAUCAAAUCAACUCAUAGCCUUUUUUGCCUUUUCAUGUCAACUAGAACGCCACCUUGUCGUCUAUAGAGCGAAUCCGAACCGCAUAUAUACUUAUUUUGUUAAAAAUACCAAAAACUAUUCUCCAACUCGACUGAAUACGAAAUUUUCAAAAACUUUUUAUUCAAACAUACGCAUAAUAAGUGGUUAUUUUGCUCACAAGGGUCUUAGAAGGCAGGUUAUGCCUAUUAAAUAUUUAAAAUCUUUAAGCAAAAACGAUGUUAAAGUUCUUAUGUACGCAAAUGUUACCUUUGAGUGUGGGAAAAUUCUAAGCAUGAUUAUUAUUUCAUCAGAAAGGAAUUUUAAUUUACUCUUGAGCAUUCUGAAUGACCAAGUAGCUGAAAUGAAUCAACUCGUACUUCAGUGUACCAGUUAUUGUUGCGACCAAAUCCAUAAUCAUUUAAUAUUAUAUCCAAGAAGGAAAAAAAUAAAUGAGCAAAAUUGCAAUGUAUUUAUCCUACGCUUACUUUGUAUACUAUUGUGCUUAUAUCUUUGGAACUUCUUAGUAGGUCGAAUAAAACGCUUACUUUCUGUUCAGCUGUCAUUGAAUGAAUGGACCAAAAACAACCCACAACCGAUCGUUUACAUUUUACCUUCAAAUGGCAAGGUUAACCCCCUACUCCAGUUUAAUGACUUCAGUUGUGUACACAAUACGGAUAGUCUUGCUCCUGAUGUGAUUCCACAACGAUUUAUGUUUGUACAUCGUGUUCUCAUUACAUUUUACUACCUCCCCUCUCCACCAUCCAAUCAUUCUUGGUUGAACAUGUCAAUGUGGAUGUGGCCAAAGUCCACUAAGGCGUGUAUUUACUCAGUGCUGUUCCCUCAACUCAUUGAAUUGGGGGCGCAAUCACUUCUGUGCACAGCAGCAGCCUCAUUCAGUUUGCAAGUGAUUCAUAUCACCAAGGCAUCAUUUGUACUUCUUCAAUCAGUUGCUACAGUAAAAGCUUCUAUCAAAUAA